ACGUGUGGUCCCGUGCGCCAUUGCAACUCAUGGGCGCUCCGUUAGGCUAACAGAAAGAUUGACCCAAGCCAGCAAUGUGUUGCUAGCUCGUUUCCAGGCCCACGCGCCAACAGUGAAGGGUAGGGGGAGCAGUGUAGACCUAGAGUUAUCGCCGUCAGUUCGCUCAUGAAACGAUGGCAAUAGUUCCGUGAGUCAACCUCGGGAACACGAGGAACGGGUGAAACUCUUAGACCAGGACUAACUUAGGCCAUCCCUCUACAGCGCAUUCUGGUACUCGAUAACGUAGCGCGGCAACGCAAACAGCUCACAAUAAUGACGGCUGCGGAGUUGGCGGCGUCGGGUUGACCUUCGAGGCGCCUAAGAAAUCGUACAUCCUCAUAGUGUGUUGGCGCGGCAACGCAAAUCGCUCACAAUGAUGACGGCUACGGAAUUGGCGGCGUCGGGUUGACCUUCGAGGCGCCUAAGAAAUCGUACAUCCUCAUAGUGUGUUAGCGCGGCAACGCAAAUCGCUCACAAUGAUGACGGCUACGGAACUGGCGGCGUCGGGUUGGGCCGACAACGGCUCUCUGGGCUGGCCUCUGCAGGUCGUGCCUCGCGACGUUCGUGACGACUUGGCGAUUCUCGCAAAUGCGGAGGAGAAACAACGGCGCCUCCACGUGAAGACCGGGAGCAGCGCCAUCCCCAUCCACGAGCCCGCGCAGUCGGGGACUCCCCGCACUCCGCGCGCUCCCCUUGCGCCGUCCCCGCGGGCCUCGUUUCAAUCACCUCCGAUGCCGGCCCGGCACCACAGCGGCCCGAUUGAGCCCAGCUCGUUACAGUCACCCAUUUACUGUCACACGCCGCAGCAGCUGAAGCGGGACUCGUUAGAGCGACACGUGUCAGACGAGGCCCCGCCCUUCCCGCUCCCCUUCUCCCUUAACUCCGCCCGAACAAGCGCGUCCGGGGGUUUUUCCGGAAUGCUCGCAGGCCUGUACGUCCGGACGCCCGUUGCCGAGCCUGAUUCCGAGGCUCGGGGCAGGUCCGGGUCUCGCUCGCCGCUUCGGAUGCGCAUGUUCGAGUCGUCCCCGAAGCCGCGGAGACCCAUUGAGCGCGGAAGAUCGCUCUCCCCGUACAGGGGCGCGCGGAUGAGCGGGGAGGCUGACGGGGAAACGGGGAGAGGUGGGGGGAGCGUGCGCGGAAGCAUGCGCGGAAGCGGGGUGUGGGACACGGGCGUGGGAAGCUCGUCCGCGAGAAGCCGCGCGGGUUCCGUUUCCCCGCUCCCCUCCCGCUCCCCAUUGCGCCGCUCUCUCUCUCCCCUGCGCUCUAGCGCCAGCGGCCUUAUCGACAUGCUUUCCGGUCCAGUCACCCCUUCCGCCACGCCUUCGCGCCGCUUCCAGGCGCGCCAGGAGCGCGACUGGGAAGAGCGGCAGCAGCGGCGGGAGCGGGAGCAGGCGGAAGCGGGGGGGCUGCCGUUUGAGGACAUAGUAGCGGGGGCGAAGGACCGGCGCGCGCGGCAGCACGCGCGGAGCAGCAGCAGCAGCAGCGUGCUCUGCGGCGCGAAUGGCGGGCUGGGCGGCGCGGGCGGAGCAUCUGUGGCCGCAUCGGGCGAACUUUCCGUUAUUUCCGGAGUAUUUGAUCAGGACCAGCAGUCGCAGCAGCAGGGACCAGCGGCGUGGGGGGCGAGUCCGCACGAUGCGGCGUUGAGUCCGCUGGCGCGCGGCAACCCCGGACGAGAAGCCCGAGAGGCCCGUGAAGCUCCCAGGGAGCGCGACGCGCGUCUCCGGCGCUACGGGAGCGGGCCGCCGUCGAUCGUCUCGGAUGCGAGCCCGUGGGGCGGCGCGAUGACGCCCUCCGCGCCGCCGACUGCGGUGGACCACUUGCCCUCGUUAGACGCACUCUCACGCUCGCCUGAGCGCGGAAGCGCGGCCUAUAACGGAGGCGAGGACAGCAGUAGCGAGGACGAGAGCCGGUACUACAAGGUGCCGGAUAUCACGGAGUAUAGGGAGAAGCGGCGGCAGGCGAUGGGGACUGUGGAGCCGGGGAGUAGAACAGGUAAGAUCACGCAUGAGUACUUCCGGGGAGGUGGAGUCGAUGUUUCCUUUGCGGAGUUUUUGGCUGCCCGUGCGAGUGUUGCUGGCGGCGGCGGCGGUGGUGGUGGUGGUGGCGGCGGUAGUGCUAAUAUCGAGGCAGCAGCUACUAGCGCGAAUGAGCCUGAUGCUGACGGCGAUGCAGCUGAUAGUGGUGUGGCGGGAGGCUGGGCUACUGGCGCUGACGUGGCAACGGCGGAACGUGAGACGGCGCCAGGUGCUAAGGGGGAGGGGGAACUGGGGGAGGAGGGACUGGAGGAGGGUGGACUAGGGGAGGGUGAUGGUUGCCAUGCUUCAGACGCUGCCAGGGUCGCUGCUGCACCGGCGGUUGCGGCGGAAAGUGCGGCGGCAGUGGCGGUGGGCGCUCCAGCGGUAGCGGGUGAGACAGGGAAGGCAGGGGGGACGGGGGAGGCGAGGGGCGCGGAUGACGGAGACUGGCGGGAGAAUGUGCGGGAGCGCGGGGAAGGGGAAGGCGGAAGAGGGAGAAAGCACCGGGCGCGAUGGGGAGGGGCGGAAGGAAGAGACGCGGAUGGGAAAGGCGUGGGGGAGCUGGCGGAAGAGGGGGAGGCGGAAUCGAGGCGGAGUGUGCGCGCCCAGUGGAGCGUGCGGAGGCCAAGGCGCGGGGAAGGGGGAGCACAAGGCGGAAACGAGCGCGCGAAGAGCGCGGCGGGGGGAAGGAAGCGGGGGGAACAGGGGGUGCUGGACGGUUCCGCCAUUGGGGGGGAAGAGGAUAUGGCGGGAGAAGAGGCGGAGGCGGGGAGGGGACUGGCGGAAGAAGGCCAGGGAGAGGACAAGUGGGAAACUGCGGAGAUUGGGGGUCAGGGGGGAGGGUUGGGGGACGCGGAAGGGAGUGGGACUGGGGAUGAGGGGGAAGCGGGGGAGUGGAGUGGGGAGGGGGUUGAGGUGAUGGGAGGGUGGGCGGAGAGGGGGAUGUAUGAGGGCGAGGAGAGAGAGGCUUAUGGAGAGGAGGGAAGGGGUGGUGAUGGUGACGGUGAUGGUGACGGUGAUGGUAUGGAGGGGAGUAGGCACAGUUUGGACCAGUAUGGGCAUGCCAUAGAGGAGGAGCAGCAGGUUGAGGAGGAGGGGGAACGGGGGGAGGAGGGGGAGCAGGAGGAGGGGGCACAAGGCAUGGCGCAUACGGGUGGGGGAUGGCAUGCGGAUUUGGCGGGGAGAGGUGCAGAAGACGAGGGUAGAAUGAUGCGGGACACUGGCAGCCGACUGCGGGUGGUUCCAGGAAAGAGAAAAAGAGCGCAGGGGGAGGGUGGGGGGGAGGGCGAGGGCGAGAGGGGAAGGGGAGAGGUGGUGUCUAGAGAAGAGGGUGCGAGGGAGGGGAGUGAGGGAGUGGGGCAUGGGUAUGUGUAUGGUGGGAGAGGGGAGUAUGGUGUGACGGUGGAUUACGGAGCGAGUGGGGAGGAUGACAUGGUAACGAUGGGCAUGUCAGGGGAGUGGCUUGGCAUGGCUGCUCACAUGGGUGCGGCUGACAUGGCUCACAUGGCAUCAGGGACACCAGCAGCUGACACUCCCUCAUCUGCAUACACUGCGUCUGCUACCAGUGCUGCUGAAUCUCCAUUACAAGCGUCUCCGUUACAAUCCUCCUCUCCGUUUCCAGACAGCACCACUACUUUCACUGACCUGUCUGCUAUCCCUCCAGUGUUCCUCCCGCCCCCUGCCAUCCAGCCUCCCCCACUAGUACCACCUCCCCCUUCCCAUCAAAUCAAUGAGUGUGAGUGUGAGGAGGAGCCCCUGCCGCUCUCCUCCCUCCUGCGCGCCCACCAUCCGCACCUGCUCCCGCCUGCCGCUGCCCCAUCCGCCUCUGCUGCUCCCCCCCACCCCCUCAAGCACGGGCUCUGGCGCAAAAAUCACUCCGCUCUCACCACUGCCGCCCUCACUGCUGCUGCUGCAGCCGCCGCCUCCGCUGCUGCUGCUGGGGCUGAUGCUGCUGCUGAUGCUGGUGCUGGUGGUGCGUCUGGGUUCUCCUCUUCCCCCUCCCCCUCCCCCUACCAGCUGCUCCUCUCUCGCUCCAUACUUAGUCGCACCAUCCAGCCUGCCUCUGCUCCUGCUGCUGGCCCAGAAGCUGCUUCAGGUGCUGCUUCAGGUGUCCCUUCAGGUGCCGCACUAGAUGCAGGUGCUGGCAACAGUGAUGCUGCGGCUGUGGCUGCAGCGGACGAUUCUGCAGCAGCAUCUGCUAUUAACGCGGAUACUGCUCCCACCGGUGCACUUGCUGCUGCUACCACUGCUUCAUUAACAUUGGCAACCGCUGGUGACACGCCCGGUGCCAUUUCUCCACUUGAGGCGCCUCAACAGCACUCCGCCCCGGUGCCCUCUGCAGAGCAUACAAGCACAGACCACACCGAGACUACUCCACCUGCCCCCGUUUCAGUCACACCACAACAGCCCAGCAUAGCUUCGAUCUUCCCAAGCCUCGUCGCCUACGCCUCCCGACCGGGAGCCUUGGGCCGAGCCUCCGUGCUUUACCGCAUGCGCAGCUUCGGCGGCGCCAUGCACGGUUCGUCAGCCAAUCACGACGCGACAACUGGCGAGGGGAUGGAGGAAGGAGCGGUAGCAGAGGCUCUGGAGCGCCUAGGAGAGUCUGGCGCUGGGGGAAUGGGAGAGGGAGUGGAUAAUGAGAUGUGGGAGUAUAGCGAGGAGGAGGCGAAUGCAGCAGCAGCAGAAGCCCUGUCGGUGUUUGGGUUCCCUUUCUCCCUGGAGGGCUUUGCUCUGGAUGGUGGUGGGGAGGUGGAAGGGAGUGGGGAGGAGUGGGGAGGGAUCACAGGCGGGGAAGCAGCAGCAGCAGCAGCAGCAGCAGCGGGUGGUGUUAGCACCGCUGCUGCUGCUGCGGCUCCUGAUACUGAGAAGCAAGGUGGCUCCGGUGGCUCUGUUAACGGUGUGAAUGUGACUGUAAGCGGGGAUCAGUUCACCUUCAACGCUGGAAGCACUGCCAAUAAUUACAACAGCAGCAACAACAACGGAGGCGGCGGACUUGCUGACGUGGAAGUGGACCCAGCUGACGAGGACGGCGAGCUGGAUGAGGUGGCAGUGGAGGCGAGUCUACGUCAGCUUGAGCUGGCACUGGAGCAAGGGCUGUUACCAGAUGAGGUGGACGGGCUGAGGAGAGAGCUGGAGGCGUUGGUAGAGAGGGGAACGAGGAGGGCGAGGAGAGGGGGGCGGAUAGAGAGCGCGGAGGGGGAGGGCAGGGCUUUGGGCGAAGGGGAGGUGGAGAGGGACGAGGUGAAUGCAGGUGCUGAGUAUGGUGGGGAUGACGCGGCAGGCGAGCAGCGUGCGGAGGGUGGCAGGGGUGGUGAGAUGAAUGAGGAGAGUGCAAUGGGUGCGAUGGGUCAGAGCAGUGAGGAGGAUGGGGGGGGUGAGGGGGGUGAGGAGGGAGGGGUGCUGGAGGAGGGGGAGAAGAGCGAGGAGCGGGAGGAGAGCGAGGAGGGGGAGAAGAGCGAGGAGGGGGAGGAGAGCGAGGAGGGGGAGAAGAGCGAGGAGGGGGAGGAGAGCGAGGAGGGGGAGAAGAGCGAGGAGGGGGAGGAGAGCGAGGAGGGGGAGAAGAGCAUAGAGGCAGAGAGAAGGGAGGCGGGAACUGACGAGCCAUGCGCAAUCUCCCAACCCACUCCCCCGCAUCCCGCCAAGCCUCUCCCUCCCUCUCUCUCCGCCCACGUGGACGCGCUCUCUGCUGACCUGGACGCUGAGUCAGCAGCAGCUGUAGCAGCGGCUGUAGCAGCGGUGUCAGCAGAAGUAGACGAGAUCACCAGUGGCGGCUGUAGCACGGGCAGCAGCCCCAGCCGCGUGGGGCUGGGGCUGAUGGGCGAAAUGAGUAUGAGCAGCACGGGGAGCGGGGGAGGCGUGCUGGGGGGAGGGGGAGGGUUGGGACUGGGGAGCAGUCCUGCCAGCGUUACCUGGGGUGCUGUUAGUCCAGGGAGUGUGGCUUCUGGUGGCGGUGGUAGUGGUGGUGGUGGUGCGGGCAGCAGGAGUGGGAAUGCGGGCGAUGGCGGUGGGAGUGGCGGUGCAGGAUGGGCAGCAGGAGGAAAGGAGGACGACGGGGUAAGAGGAGGAGCAGCAGGGGCAGCAGGGGCAGCAGGCGCAGCAGGGGCAGCAGGGGCAACGGGAGGGAGUGAGAAGCUACACACAGCGGGAGCAGGAGCAGCGGAGAAGCCCUUGGACAAGCUGUCGGACAAGCCGCUGUACACGGUGGGGCACUGGCUGCGGCAGGUGGACAUGGCGGAGGCGGAGGGGCGUCUGGCGGUGGCGGUGCGCCUGUUUGAGCUGGCGGAGCGCUGCAACGCGCAGCCCGCCACGCUGCUGCGAGUGGCGCGCUCGCAGUUCAUGCGCCGCCACGGACCCAAGCUCUCAGCUCUCGCUGCUGCUGCUGGGAACAGUCCUGCUGCUGCUGCUGCUGCUGCUGCUGCUGCUGGUGCUGCUGGUGCUGCUGGUGCUGCUGGUGGUGCUCUUGGUGGUGUGAAUAGUCCAUCCCACUCCCCGCUCUCCUCCCCAGCAGAAUCACCUCGUCACACCACUCUCCAUCAACCAUCCAGCCCAUCUGCCUCCUCCCUCCCAAACCCUAUCUCCAACUUCUCACUCUCCCCUCUCUCCUCCCCUCCUCGCUCCUCCAACCCUCCUCUCCCCCCUUCUCUCACCCCCUUCCCCACGCCCCCUCCCCCCUCCCUCUCCACCUUCGACUGGCGCCUGCAGCCCACAGCAGGGGGCAGUGAGAGGGGCGCAGCAGGCGCAGGGGGGAAAGCGCCCAGCGGAAUCGCCUCCAGCUAUGCGUCCAGCCCUCCCCACUCCCCCCUUGCUGCCACUACCCCAGGCUCCUCCCCCCGCUCGUCUUUCUCUCUCUCCCCGGCUGAUGCCCUGCCGCCCCUACCGGAGACCUUUGCGCCUCGCAGGGGUGGUGUGGGGAGGUGCUUGGUCUUUGAGAGUGUUGGGGAGGGGAGGCGUGGGGGGGAAAGAGCGGGGAUGGAGGAGGAGGAGGAGGAGCGGGGUGCUUCAGCCGCCUCUAGUACUGCUGCUGGCGAUGAUGAUAGCAGCGGUGGUAGUUGUGAUGGUGGUGCUGAUGACGGGGGGAGAGAAGGAGAGGGGCGGAUUGAAAAGGAUGGCGAAGGGAUAGGAGACGUGGGGAGGGAGCAUGGAGGGGAAAGCAGGAGGGAAGUGGACAAUGGUGAGGUAGGGGAGGUUGGCGUUGCAGGGAGUGCAGGUGCAGAGACGCAGGAAGGAGAGAGAGGGGGUCGGGAGGAGUGGGAGGAGCAGGAGAAGAGUUGGGAGCAUGGAAGCACCGGGGUGACUUUUGAGUCGGCUCAAAAGCGGGAGGAGCAGGAGAACGGCUGGGAGCAUGAAAACCAAAUCCGUCGCUCAGAGGACCGGGGGGAGGAUUGGGAGCAUGAAAACAACAUCCGUUGCUCAGAGGACCGAGGGGGGGAGCGGGGGAAGGAUUGGGAGCAUGAAAACCACAUCCGUUGCUCAGAGGAUCGGGUGCAGGCAUGGGCACAAGAAAACCUCCCAGGUCCGGCGCUAGACGAGGAUGGGAGCGGCAAGUCCGGGACCGGAGGAGGUGGCUCGGGGCUAGGCUCGGAAGCAGGCUUGGAUCUCCCAGAUGGCAGUCACCGAAACAGCAGCAGUGGGAGCAGGCAGGGAACUGUGGGGAUUCAGGCAGUGGGCUCGAGUGGCAUAAGUGUGAGCAAAGGCAGUGGGGCUUCCUGCAUUGAAACUAGUGCUGCUGGUGCUAGCGGUGGUGAUGGUUGUGGGGUAGGCGUAGUGGAGGAAAGGCUGAGUGAGGGAGAGGAUGGAAGGAGGACGGCAGACGCAGAAUCCGAGGACGAGGAAGAGGCAGGGGCCCAGGGAGAUGCAGGGGGGGGAGCAGCAGGAGCUGCUAGGAGUAGGGACGGGACAGCAGCAGCAGAAGCCACAGAGGCUGCAAUAGCAGCUGAGUCCAAUACAGCAGGAGCAGCGGCAGUGGCGGGGGCAGCAGCGGCAGCGGCAGCAGCAGCGGCAGGGAGGAGUGUGGCAGUGCGGGAGGGGAGUGUGCUGGCGAAGCUGAAGCGCGCCACUGCCCAGCUGAGGCAGUUGCGGGAGAACUACCUGGGGGAGGGCCAAAAGGGGGAGGGCCAGCUGAGGGACGGUGCUUCUGAGGGUGCUUCUGAGGGUGGUGCGUCAGCAGGGGUGGAGAAAGCUGCAGCUGCUGCAGCAGCGCCAACGCUCCCAGCCAAAAACUCCUCCUCUCAGCCAUCCAUCCCUGUCUCAGCAUCUGCCUCCGCUGCUGCUGCCUCAGCAGCCGCCCGUCUCGCUGCCCGUACCAGCAGCACCAGCAGCAACACCAGCAUCACGCCCCUUGCAGGGCUCUCAAUCCCAGGUUUCUCUGCACCAAACCCAGUGCCAAGCUUGCAAGGCUUGCAGGGUUACCAUGGUUCAGGGCCAGUUCCCCUGGGGCCAGUCCUCCUGGGCCCAGUUUCCCCUGGAGCCAACGCCCCUCCCUCUCCCUUUGCCCGCGCAUCCUCUUCCUCCUCGCUCGGCCGCAUUCCCUCCUCUGAGUCCCUCCGCACCGACCCCACCUUCUCGGUGUACGUCCGGAGGUCUGGCUCGGCCCGAACCUCGGUCUCAGCUGCGGAGGAGACCGAGCCUAGUGAAGGAGUGGUGGAAGGGGGGAUGGAGGGCGGGGAGGUGGAUGGAGGGGUAGGGGUGAGAGGGACGGAAGAGGAGGAACGGAAGGGAGGGAGUGAUGCUGGGUUUGGUGCGGAUGGGAUGAAUGGUGCGUGUGAUAAGGGAGAGGAGGAUGGGGAAGAGGGAAGAGAGGAAAGGAAGGCAGGAGCAGAGGAAGAGGUAGAGGCGGAAGGAGAGGCGGACGGGAAAGAGGGAGCAGAGCAAGUUGGCCCAACGCAGCAUCUUUCAUCUGCUGCUACUGCUGCUGCUGGUGGUGCUGCUGCUGCUGGAAAUACAGAUUCGAACCUCUCAUCAGCUUCUGUAGCUGCUGCUGCUGCUGCUGCUGCUGCUGCUCCACCUCCUCCUCCCCCCCCCAUGGCAACCUCUCCCGCCUCAUCACCGCACCACACUCUCGCCUCUCUCUCCUCCCUCUCCUCCUCCCCAGCCUUCAUCCCUCCUCUCUCCCUCGACGCCACAGCUGCCAGCAGUGUGCGCUCCAACCCCGAUGCUUCUCCCCUUGCCAAUCCUAGCCCUCCUGCCCUGGCACCCGAAGCUGGUCUUCACAGGCUCGGGCAGACCGCAACGGCUCGGAAGGAGCUGUUCCCCGGGGCUGCAGGCCAGGCUCGUACUCUUGGGUUUGGUGACUUGGUGGCAGCAGCACCAGGCAGAGCAGGUGAAACUGCAUCGAGUUCAAUGACCGUAACUCGAACCACAGUGACUGCUGGCAUUUGUGCUGGCAUUGGUGCGAGUGGUAUUGGUGCCGGCAAGCCCCGCUCCCCCCCUCUCUCGUCCUCCUCUACUCGACUCCCACCUCACUCGUCGUCCUCUCGUCCCUCACGAGCAGCAGCAGUGCAAAGCACAAGUGAGGCCACAAGUGAGGUCACAGAUGUAGCAGCACCAGUAAGCGCACAAGUCAAGGCACUCGGGUCAGAAAUUACGGCUGAUGCACCUGUAUCAGCAGCAACUGCUGCCGCUGCUGCUGCACCUGGAAGGGCGGUCACUGCUACAGCUGGGAAGGUCAUUGCUGCUACAGCUGGGAAGGACACUGCUGCUACAGCUGGAAAGGUCACUGCUGCUACAGCUGGGAAGGUCACUGCUGCUACAGCUGGAAAGGUCACUGCUGCUACAGCUGGGAAGCUCACUGCUGCUACAGCUGGGAAGCUCACUGCUGCUGCUGCUAGGAAGGUCUCUGCUGCUGCUGGAGCGGCGGCCGCUGUAGCAAAGCAGGCCCCACGCUCUCCUCCCUUUGGUUCCUCCUCCACUCGUUCCACCUCGCCUCGUUCCCCCUCCCUCAAUGCGUCCACUCCUCCCUCCUCCCCUUUAAAGACACGAACCCCCUCACGCGCUCCCCAUUCCCCUCCCACUGGUUCCACAACUCCUACUGCCUCCCGCUCUCUUCCCCCCUCUGCUCGCUCUCCUCCCCUCACUUCUCGGUCUCCUCCCCUCACUUCUCGCUCUCCUCCCCUCAAUUCUCGGUCUCCUCCCCUCACUGCCUGCUCUUCUCCUCCCCUCAAUGCCCGCUCGUUCACACCCCUCACUGCUCGUUCUCCCCAGCGUCAGCCACAGCAGCAGAUGCAGCAAGAGCAGAAGCAGCAGCAGCAGGGUGGGACCAGAAAGGCAGAUAAUGCUGCAGCGGUAGGGGCAGGAGACGCUGCAGCUGAGGUAGGCACAUCUGGUGUGGGCACAACUGGGGUAGGCAUGUGGGAGGCUGGCACAUCAGGCAUAGGCGCAUCUGGGGAAGGUGUAUCUGUGGGAGCUGGAGGGGUUGUGAAACGAUCCUGGGGUGGCUGGAGCAAGGGCUCCGCUGGUCAACGGAUAAGUCAACUUGGGUCAACGGAGGAAGGGAUGAGUCAAACGGAGUCACACAGUGGAGAAAUGAAUCAACCCAGGUCAACGGAGGGAGAGUUGAGUCAACCAAAGGCAACGGAGGGAGAGUUGAGUCAACCCAAGUCAACUGAGGGAGAGACGAGUCAACCAAAGUCAACGGAGGGUGUACUUCUGCAGGGCGGGGGCAUUGGGAGGUACGGUGGGUUCGGGAGAAACGGAGGCAUAGGAGGCAUAGGGAGCAAUGGAGGCAUAGGGAGCAACGGGGCAAUAGGGAGCAACGGAAGCAUAGGAGGCAUAGGGAGCAACGGCGGCAUUGGGAGCAACGGGGGCAUUGGGAGCAACGGGGGCAUAGGGAGCAACGGAGGAGGUGGUGGUGGUGGUCGGAGCGGUGGAAUCGGGCGAUUCACAGCUUCAUCCGUCACCCCUUCAGAGUCCCUCCUCAUCCUUCCAUCUGCUGCUGAAACCAACCUGCCCACAGGGGUGCAUACGAACACACACCACACACCCCACACCCCCCGCACACCAACCGCCCUCAGCUCUCCUCGUUCCCCACAUGCCUUCUCCCCCCACACCCCCCUCGCACACUUUUCCGCGUCUUCCUCUCGUCGAUCCCCUCCAAUGGGAUCUCGACACAUGGAUUAUCGACACACAAUUUCCCCACACGUGGAGUCGCGGUACAUGGCAUCAGCCAUGGCAGCAGCAGCACCGCCUGUCUCCCCAGCUAUUGCCAUGGCCAUGGGAGGAAGCCCUCGCGGUAUAAAUAGCCACGCAACGGGCGGCGUGGGCAGCAUGGGCAGCCCCUCUGGCAGCGCCAGUAGCACCCACGGUGCUCUGCUGCUGCGAACCAGUGGCAGCUGCGGCAGCGGUGGCUUCGCCCUGCCUGCUGCUGCUGCUGGCAGUGCCGGUGGGGUGAGAGGGGUAGGAGGUGGGGGCAUGGGUGGAGGGAGUGGGGGGGAGAGGAGGAGGAGCAGGGAGCAGCAGAUGGCAGCGAUGGUGGAAAAGUGGCCCAAGAGCCUCAGAGGUGCUUCUGCUGCCAGGGGAGGGGGGACACAUAGACCUGCCAGUGCUGCUGCUGCAGGGGGGGUGGGAAGGGCGAAGCCAGCCUGGGGCAGUGGGCCUGGAGCAAGGAGGUGAUGAGAGGAGCGACAGUGAGCAAGGGGGGGAGGAGGUGGAGGGAGAGGGAUAGGAGGUGCUUGCUUUGCUGUGGUUCCAUCAAGGAAGGAAGGAAGAGCACUGCUCAUUGCGGGGUUGCCCUGAGAGGCUUCUCACAGCCAGGCCUGGAGAAGAGAUGGUGAGAAAAAAUGAUAGUUAUGUAGAGAAUACUAGGACUGCUAGUGAUGCGAGAUGGAUUGCCGUGUGUUGAAUAUAUGAUAGUUACGGAAGGCUCGUGCUGCGGACCGCCCUGCAA